AUGGCAGGACAACCGCGCGAGCGCGGGAGUCGCUCGUCCCGGAAGGGCCGCUCCGCCCGCGCGGGGCCCGCACCGGCGCCCCCGCCGGCCUCUGAUCCCGAUCCGGCCGCCGGAGAGGAUGCGGCUCCGUGGCUCCGCGCCACGGCGGACGAGCUUGAGGAGCGCCUGCUCAAGAGGCUGGAUGAGGCGUACGCGGCGGCCCUGGCCCGCCUCGCCGACCUCGGCCACGUUGAGGAGGCAUCCCUCGAGGCCGUUCUCCACUCGGGCCACUGCUACGGCAAGCUCAACGACCCCGUUUCCAACAUCGUCGCCAACGCCCGCGCCUACCUCUCCGACCCUAGCCACGCCGGCUCGUCCGGUGGCUUCGCCGACCUCCGACGCCUUGAGGAGUACUCCCUAGCGGGGCUUGUCUGCCUCCUCCAGAGCAGCCGCCCUACCCUCACCCGCGCCGAGGCCUUGUGGUGCCUUCUCUCCAGUGACCUCCGUCUCGAAGAGGCGAUCGCCAUAGGCAGCUCUCUCAAUGGUGAACCCUCAUCUACUGCUGUUCCUGCUGAGAGUGAGGAGCUCCCCCCAGCCGUGGCGGAGACUGCACAGCGUGGAUGCAUCCACUACCAUAACACCACAGCCGCAGCGGCUCAGGACCCCGCUCUUUUUGACCCAGAAGCCUUCAUGAGACUCGCGAUACGCCAGGGUCCUGCUGCAGCCACCAUCUCCUGCCUGAAGGCCGCUGGGUGGUCACGGUCCAGCGGCGCCACACCAGAAGGGCAGCCCAAGGAAUCGUUUGCCAAGAAGCUCUCCACUGAGGAGCUCAUCGAGUCUGUUGUUGCGGAGCUUGAGGCACUGGACAUUGACAAGAAGGAUCCACCAGACGCGAAUCCUGACACAAAGAACCAGAUGGCGCGUGACCUCAUUAAGCAGACAAGAGAGAUGGAGGCGCAACUCAAGGAGCGAAGGGAAUGGGCGCAGGGAAAGGCGAUACAGGCUGCUCGCAAGCUUGGUGCUGAUCUUACUGAGCUGCGUGUGCUGCGGAUGGAACAUGAUGAGAACCAGCGGCGUAAGAAGGAAAAACAGGUGAUGGAGGAUGACACAAUGAAGUGCCUUGCUCAUCUAGAGAAUGAGCUGAAGAAAAAGAGUGGGCAGCUUGACCGGAGUAACGCAACUGUGCAGAGGCUGGAAAUGGAGAAUGCAGAGAUACGUGCUGAGAUGGAAGCUGCGAAACUGAGUGCAUCAGAGACUGAAAAACAAUGCCAGGGUCUCUUAAGGAAAGAGAAGAAGGAUAGCAAAAGGCUUGAAGUCUGGGGGCGCCAGAAAGCGAAGCUGAAAGAGGACAUAGCUGAAUGCAAGACAAAGAUUACACAAGCUGAAAGGGAGCUUGCUGAGGUCAACAAGGCAAUAAAAAAUAUGGAGAAAAAGAUAAGAGAAGACACAAGGGCCAAAGAAGAAAACAUGGUGCUUUUGGAAGAGGAGCGCAGGAAGAAGGAAGCUGCAAAAGCAGACUCUGACCGCCGACUUGAAGAGCUUCGUCGUAAGAAAGAAGUCGAAUCCCAAUGCUACAAGGAUGACCUACACAGGCUCCAGGAUGAACUCAACCGCCUGCAGAAGUCAGCAGGUGCAACUCAACCAGCUGUCCCAUCAACCAACUUUCCUGGCACAGCUAACCGAAGCUCAGCGCGGGCACCCAAGCAGCAGCCCAUCCAGAGGCCACAACCUGCAUCCAACCGGCCGCUGCCACCACCAGCCCAGAAGCCAAGUCGCCGCCGGGACUGUGUUGUCUGCAAGAAGGAGGCAGCUUGUGUGAUCCUACUCCAGUGUGCUCACCAGGUCCUCUGUGUUGGCUGCAAUAAGCUGCAUGAGGAUAAAGGCAUCUCUCGCUGCCCCUGCUGCAGCGCCAAAGUGGAAGAGAGAAUCAGGGUUUUCGGUGCGAGCUCCAACUGA